AUUGAUGCUGCCUUUUGUGCUCCCACGUGGACUUCCAGGCAGAGCAGAAGUUGCAGAUUGUGUCUCCUUCUCUCUGCUCCGCUCUCCGUUCGAGCAGCGCGCAGACUGCAAUAGCAAACGAUCGGAUUAGCAGCAGCCCAUCAUGUGGCGACGGGUCACAGCCAGAGCUUGGGACGUCUGCCUGGAGCACUUGGGGGGUGUGAGCCGCCCCUUCGGGAGGACCUCCCUCAAAAGCUGCGGCAGAAGAGGGGUAGCGACAGUCUCGGUUGACCCCGCUGCAGGCUUGGCAGAUCAGCCCGCGAAGGUUUCGGUUUGGGGACUCCCGCCCCUGCAGGAAGUGACCCUAAGGGCGCUGGCGGUGAACGAGGAGGGCAUCCUCUUUGAUUCCUGUGCCCAUUACCAGGCGGAUGAGCAAGGGCAGGUCGAUCUGUCCAAAGACCCCUGCAAGGGAGGAGACUACACGGGCUUGGAGCCCAUGGGGCUGUUUUGGAGCCUCUCGCCUGCUGCAAUGGAGAACCCCUACCAAAGGCUGGAGCCCAGAAAAGUGAAGGGUCCCAUGAAGCUGGAGGUGUCAGUGCACCAGGGCUACAGCCAGCCCCGUGCUAUCCCUGGACAGGUGCUUGCCAAAACGAACGUGGAAAGGCGGUUCAUUCUUCCCGAAGUGAGAAGGAUUAGGGUGAAGGAGGGUGCGGUGAGAGGGAGCUUGUUUCUUCCCCCAGGAAAUGGCCCCUUUCCAGGAGUGAUAGAUAUGUUUGGUGAUGAAGGUGGGUUAAUUGAAUACCGAUCCAGCCUUCUGGCUACUCAUGGCUUUGCUGCUCUUUCCCUGCCAUAUUUUAAUUUUGAGGAUCUUCCCAAAACCAUGGAGGAUUUCCACCUUGAAUACUUUGAAGAGGCAGCUAGGUUUCUACUGCGCCAUCCCAAGGUGAGUAUGGUUAAAGGGCCAGGAAUUGGUGUUAUUGGGACUGGCAAAGGAGCAGAAUUGGCAUCUUCAAUGAUGACUUUCUUGCCAGAAGUAGUGGCUGCCGUCUGCAUUUCUGGUUGCAGCUCCAUCACAGCCACUGCCCUCCAUUAUGGCGCACUUACUUUGCCUGGGCUUUGCUUUAAUAUGAGCAGAGUCAGUAUUUCAGAGAAUGGUGUUUUCGACAGUUACGAAGCCUUGGAUGACCCAAUGGACCCAGCUAAUUCACGUAGUCGCAUCCCCAUAGAAAAAGCAGAAGGGCACUUCCUUUUUGUAGUCGGGGAAGAAGACCGGAUUUGGAAGAGUUCUUUAUAUGCUGAGAUAGCCACUGGGUGCCUGUGCCAACACGGGAAGGACAACUUUACACUCUUGAGUUACUCUGGAGCAGGCCAUCAAAUUAAUCCAAUAUUUACCCCAGUUUGUCUGGUAGCCUUAGACCGUGUUUUAGGGGUGCCUAUUUUGGGUGGCGGAGAGAAGAGAGCUCAUGCCCAUGCCCAAGAACAUUCUUGGGGGAAGAUUUUGGAGUUUCUGCAGUUCCACUUGAGAUGAUCACUCAAAUAGCUGCACACCGGCAACCGAAGUUGUGGGUAAAUGUGCCAAAGGGCCUGAGGAGGAAGGAAAGACAUGAAACAUGUUGUAUGGACCUAGCUGGAUUAAAUUAUUAUGUAAACUGAUGACAAGGUAAGAUUGGACUGAUUCAGAGCGGAACAGCCAAAAGUGUAUAUGAUAAAAUGUGUUUGGGAUGAAGAACUCUAACGAUAAAAACAUGCAGGUAUAUGAGUUGGUUGAGGGUGUAAAUAUGAAGCUGUAAACCCUGGCCAGCUCUUAAAAGAUCAAAGGCUGCAAACCAUAAUGAAUUUAAAGGUAAACAAAUAAACUUGUUCUUCAAAACCAGCAAAAAAAAAAUCUGCCAUUUUGAAAUAUCCAGAAUAUGACUACUUUCUGCUAUCUUGAAAUUUCUGGAAUAAGUCUACCUUUAGCAAACACAGCCAAUGUUACUACUUGAAGACAAAGCCAAGAGGUCUUUAAAACAUGGACAGAAAAAGACUAGAGUCACACAUAGCCUGACCUUCUAAGUUUAAAACGAAAACCAUACUUGGCCAUAAUUUUCUUGGAUGUGGUGUGGUAUUACUCUCUCCCUGAUAUGAAGCAAAAUGAGACUAGCAUAAAGUAAUGCAAAUGAGGAUUGCCGUGGGACUGUACACUCCUUGUCUUAAACACCACUUUUUUCUACCUAAUGGAUUUGUCCAUUCAUGUUACUGCUUCAUGAACCCCUUUAGUCAAUAAUGUUUUUAUUUUUCUCAUGUAUUUUUAAUUUUGUCCCACUCCAUUCUGUGUUGUUUUUUUACAUUGCAUUAAACUAUCAGUGAAGUCAGAAGACAAAUAAUUAGAAUCAUAGAAUCACAGAAUUGUAGAGUUGGAAGGGAUCCAACGGUCAUCUAGUUGAAAGUUCUGCUGUGCAGGAAUUACAGCUAAUUAGUUUCCUAUAUUAUUACAACAGGCAGAAUUCAGUAUUGGAGAUUGCCAACCAUAACAAAAAUCAAAUGAUGAGUCAGAAAAUCAUGGGCUUUAGCAAUUAUGGCUAAACUGACUU